AUGCCGCGAGGGGGCAAGAGAGGUGGUCGCGGAGGCGGUGGAAGAGGACGGAGAGGAGGUGGUGGCGGCGGGCAGAGAAACUUCCAGGACAAUCGAGUUUCGUUCGAAAAUGUCGACAAGCGGAACGAGAAUUUCGAGAACUAUUACAACACCAUCGGCAUCGUACCGGAUGGCGAAGAGCGAGAAGCAUUUUGGAAGGCUCUGCGGAAAGAGCUUCCCAAUUCCUUCCGCUUCACGGGAUCCAAAGGACAUGCGCUGAGCGUCCGCGACAACCUCGUCAACCGCUUCUUCCCUCUGCUCGAAAAGAUCAAGCAUGAAGGUCGUCCGGUCGACCUACCAAAGCCUAUGCCAUGGUAUCCAAAUGGGCUCGCGUACAGCAUGACCACGCCAAAGAAUGUUGUCAGAAAAUACGAGCCUUUCAAGGAGUUUCAGAAAUUCCUCGUCAGCGAAACCGGUGUCGGGAACAUCAGCAGGCAAGAGGAAGUUAGUAUGAUACCACCGCUACUCCUGGACGUUGAGCCACAUCACACAGUCCUAGAUCUUUGUGCUGCGCCCGGCAGUAAGAGUGCGCAACUGGUCGAGUUACUGCAUGCUGGAGAAGAGGAGCGAGUCUCUCGUUCUAUUCAGCAGGCCAAUGGCAAGCUCACUCUAGGCGAAGGCGAAAGCGUGCAACCAGACUCCGGUCGAUCCACAGGUAUUCUCGUUGCGAAUGAUGUCAAUUACCAGCGAGCACAGAUGCUUGUUCACCAAGUUAAGCGCCUGAACUCGCCCAACUUGAUCGUUACGAACCACGAUGCCACGAUGUUUCCAUCAAUCGCAACUUCACAAGAGAUACUUCCAAAUGGUCAGAAGAAGGGCGGUUGGCUGAAAUUUGAUCGCAUUCUUGCAGAUGUACCAUGCAGUGGAGACGGCACCUGCAGAAAGAAUCCUAGUAUCUGGAAAGAAUGGACACCUCAAAAUGGCCUUGGGCUCUAUAUCACACAAGUUCGCAUCCUCACAAGAGCGCUUCAAAUGCUCAAGGUGGGCGGCAGGGUAGUCUACAGCACCUGCAGUUUGAACCCAGUGGAGAAUGAGGCUGUCAUUUCCUCAGCCAUUGAGCGAUGCGGAGGUGUGUCCAAAGUGAGACUUUGUGACUCUUCCGAUCGUCUACCAGGUCUACAUCGAAAGCCAGGCCUCAAGGAUUGGAGCAUUAUGAGCCGGAGCGGCACGAUUUACGAAUCAUGGGCAGAAGCAUCUCAAUUUGAACAAGAGGGCAGCAAGAUCGUGCCUGGCAUGUUUCCUCCGGAGGAGGCGGAAGAGAUUCCUCUUCAGAAUUGCAUCAGAGUAUAUCCGCAUCAGCAAGACACUGGCGGAUUCUUCAUCGCAGCAUUGGAGAAGCUAGGCGAGAUUCGUGCAAAGGCAGAACCUGAUACCAAGUCCGGGAGCAGAGACUGGACAUUCGUCAAGCCACAAAUUCCAGAGAAGACCAUGUUUACCGAGACAAACGAGAAAAUCACGAACGGAGUUGUAGCAAAGCCCAAGGCUGCGACACAGCAAUGGAGAAGGAGGAACGCAGACGCCAACGAGGAGGCUUUCAAGUUCCUCUCACCAGAGCACCCAGAGCUGGUCGGCAUCUACAGUUUCUAUGACCUGCAUUCUUCCUUUCCUCGAGAUCGAUUUCUCGUUCGCAAUCCUGCUGGAGAUCCGGUCAAGGGUAUCUACUACGUCGCAAAGCUGAUCAAAGACAUACUGAUCUCAAAUGAGAACCGAGGUAUGAAAUUCGUUCACGCAGGUGUGAAGAUGUUCAUGAAGCAAGACGUUCAAGGACAGGAUAUUUGCCGAUGGCGCAUACAGGCCGAAGGUCUUCCGAUUAUAGAAGGCUGGGUGGGAGAGAGCAGAGUGAUCAGACUCAGGAAGAAGAGAACUCUGAGAAAACUCCUGGUGGAGAUGUUCCCCAAGGUCGCCACGACUCAGCACGAAGAUGGCACGGAGACUGGAGGCUGGAAGGAUCUCGGCGAAAUUGGCGAGCAAGUCAACAGUAUCGGAGGAGGAUGCUGCGUCCUUCGCGUCGAGGCAACGCCCGACGCUGGAACAGAUGAGUUCAAAGAGCCUCUCACCUUACCAUUAUGGCGUAGCAAAGCAAGCGUCAAUCUCAUGCUGCCGAAGGAAGACCGACGAGCGAUGCUCCUUCGAAUCUACAACGAGGAUGUGGAGUUGAUCAAUCACUCAGACCCUAAGCAAAAUGGCGGGCGAGAGUUCAAGAGAGAGGCAAAGGAGGCAAGGGGCAGUGUGUCUGGUCAGGCAGAGGUUGAACAAGUGCAGCACAAAACGGAAGACGCAGGCAAUGAGCAGGAUGCAACGCCAGGCGCAGGAGAUCAAGUCGUGGACCAGGCAAAUGGCCUUUCGACCACUGACGCAGACGCGAUGUCGCUGGAGGCGGACAUGGUGGCUGCUGAGGAUAGCGUGCAGUCGAAGCGGCGCGAGGCCGUCGAAGAUGAGGAUGGCAAGUAGCAGAAGCCAUAUACCCGAGCGUGCUGGAGAAGUUGAUGACGAUAACACCACCGUCUACACAGUCUAGGUGGCCUAGCUCAUGUACCAUAUUCUACUUAAAUUACUAGGCCGAUGAACGUAAUGCGGAUC